AUGGUGUAUGAAUAUGUUGAGUCUAUAACUCUCAGUGAUCUACUUUACAAAAAGGGUGAUCAUAAGACUAGAGAAUCAUUAUCUUGGGGAAAGAGAUUACGAAUUGCCAAUGAGGUCGCCUCAGCAAUCGUUUUUCUCCAUACAGGAUUUACUACGCCCAUCAUCCACAGAGAUAUAAAGCCUCACAAAGUGAUAAUAGAUCAGAACAGCGGUGUUGCCAAAAUAGUGGACUUCUCACUGUCCAUAUCAUUACCUCCAGGGGAAUUGGAGGUACAAGAUGGUAUACUGUGCGGAACAUUUUGGUAUUUAGAUCCAGAAUGUGCCUCCCUGGGUAUUGUUACUCAAAAAACUGAUGUCUAUAGCUUUGGGGUUCUUCUCUUACAGCUAUUAACUGGAAAUAAAUCUCUUGAUAGUAUGCAAUCCAAUAUUGAAGAGGGUAAUGCUAUGGAUAGAGUGAAUUCUACAAUUUUUAAAGAUCCAAAUCUACCAACCAUGGUUGAGCUUUACAUUAAAGAGAGAGAUGUAAUAGAUAUAGCAGAUCCUACCUUAUUGGAACGGCACGGUGUUGAGAUUCGACAACAAUUGGAAGACUACUUGGAUCUUGUUAAGAGAUGCAUAUCAUCAAAGGGUGAAGAUAGACCAUACAUGAUUCAUGUUGCAAGGGAAUUACACCGAAUUGAGAACUGCUUUCGUGCCCUCACUAUUGGUCAAAUUUAA